AUGCCAACUUUGAAUCUCUACACAAACAUACCAGUUGAUGCUGUUACCUCCUCUGAUAUUCUCAAAGAUGCCACCAAAGUUCUUUCUAAAAUCAUUGGCAAACCUGAAUCUUAUGUGAUGGUCGUGCUGCACGGAGGGGUACCUAUUGUAUUUGCGGGAACAGAAGCACCAGCUGCAUUUGCAGAAGUAAUCUCCAUUGGUGGACUUGGGCAAAGUGUUAAUGCAAAACUGAGUUCAACUAUUGCAGAUAUUCUUCAAACUAAGCUCUCCAUUGAUAGCUCCCGUUUUUAUAUUAAGUUUUUCGAUUCUCCGAGCAAACAAAAUUCUCCAUCCGAAACCAAAACUUCCUCCAGAAAACGCUCUAAAUUCCGCAAGUUCCUCGACACUUUCUGCUCUCCUUCCGAUUACUUCUCCGCCAUCUGCCUUAUCCUCCCUAACCUCGAUCGCGAAAGCGCAAAAGUGAGCAAUGAAAACAAUUUGAUUCAUGGUGCAGGAUCUCUUAGUCACGAAGCUAGGGAAGCAUUUCUCUCAGCACUAGUAUCAGAAGGCCGUGCAGAAUGGCUAGACAAAGGACAUAGAAAAUGCCUUAUUCUCUGGCACCGGAUCCAAGAUUGGGCUGACAUUCUUGUACAUUUUGUGAGAGAUAAUGGAUUGGAGGACAGUGUCAUGACUGUUGAGGAAAUACGAACAGGGAUUGAAUCUCGGGGAACAGAGCUUCAUGGAAUAGAGCGCACAAUUUUGAUGCGAGUGUUGAAACUACUAGAACAUAAAGGGAAGCUUGCAAUCUUUAAGGGAACUUCAGCCGAUGAUGAAGGUGUGAAAUUCUCUGUCUAA